GUGCAGUUCACAAACUAGUGAAAAGUAGUGAACUGACUCUGUAUUACAUUCAACGACAGCAGUAGUUCAGCGCUUCUUAAAUCGAACAAAAUUGAAAAUAUUAAGCAUUGCAUAUGUGUAUUGUUUACGUAACUAUUCAACUAUUGCUUGAAGUAACAAUUGUAGAGAAUUGAGUAUAAUGAUAAACAUAUGGCUAAAAAGCGCGCGAGUGUUUUUCAACCGUUAUCCGGUGGCUCGAGGGAUGUUGACAUACAGUUUAAUGUGGCCUACAGGGUGCUUGGUGCAACAGACUAUUGCUGGAACAGAUUGGAGAAACUAUGACUGGAAUAAAUGCUUUAGAUUCUUCAUAUACGGAGGAUUCAUAGUUGCGCCAUCUCUUUACUGCUGGAUUAGGUUGGCGUCAUUGAUGUGGCCAGCGCAAAGCCUCAGGUCUGCCAUUGCUAAGGCGCUCACCGAACAAGUCAGCUACACACCACUAGCCAUGACAUGUUUUUAUUUUGGCAUGAGUUUAAUGGAGUCUAAAACGAUUGAAGAGUCUUUUCUGGAAGUAAAAACUAAAGUGCCCCCAACAUACAAGGUCGCUCUUUGCAUCUGGCCUCUUCUACAGACAUUUAACUUUUCGGUUGUCCCAGAAAAGAAUCGCGUGCCUUUUGUUAGUAUGUGCAGUUUGCUUUGGACUAUUUUUCUGGCAUACAUGAAGCAAUUGGAAUUGGAGAAACUACAGAACAAGGAAUCCAUUUACCAAUGAUAAAAGUUUUUAUUUCUGUACCGCGAUUUUGCUUACACUAAUUAAUAAAAAAAAUCAUGAUUCUUUGAACACAGAAGAACUUCCUUUUAUAAUAACUUUUUGAACUCUUAUUUUAUCUAAGGUAGAGAGCAAUUCUGAUAAAGCCUCCGUAGAAACAUUUUCAAGAGUGCCUUUUUUCAUUAUUCGCUGCCCGACGACCAUAC